UACCUGGGGCGGCGGUUAACGGUCGGUGCGGCGCGCGGGAGGGAGGAGCAGGCGGCGAGAGGGGCGGCCGUGUCCCUGUCCCCUUCCCCGAGGCAGUGCGGUCCGGUCCGGUCCGAUCCGACCGGGCCCCGCAGAGCGAUGAUGGCCGCGGCGGCCGACCUGGAGUCCUCGCUGGAGCUGAGCCUGACGGGCAGCGGCGCGCUCCCCGGCGGGCUGCCCCCCGCGCGCUCUCGCAUCUUCAAGAUCAUCGUCAUCGGGGAUUCCAACGUGGGGAAGACGUGCCUCACCUACCGCUUCUGCGCCGGCCGCUUCCCGCAGCGCACCGAGGCCACCAUCGGCGUGGACUUCCGCGAGAGGGCUGUCACCAUCGACGGGGAGCGCAUCAAGAUCCAGCUGUGGGAUACAGCGGGCCAGGAGCGCUUCAGAAAGAGCAUGGUGCAGCACUAUUACAGGAAUGUACAUGCCGUUGUGUUUGUGUAUGAUAUGACAAACAUUGCCAGUUUUCACAGUCUGCCAUCAUGGAUAGAAGAAUGCAAACAACACCUUCUUGCCAAUGAUAUACCACGGAUUCUUGUUGGAAACAAAUGUGACCUGAGAAGUGCUAUUCAGGUACCUACGGACUUGGCCCAGAAGUUUGCCGAUACUCACAGUAUGCCGUUAUUUGAAACCUCUGCCAAAAACCCCAAUGACAAUGACCAUGUGGAGGCCAUAUUUAUGACACUGGCUCACAAGCUUAAAAGCCACAAGCCGUUAAUGCUUAGUCAACCCCCAGAUCGCGAUGAAAUACAUAUAAAGCCUGAACCAAAACCUGCUAUGACAUGCUGGUGUUAAAUUGUACAGCUGUCAGCUGUCACCUUGUCUAGUUUGCAAAUGCUUCAAAAUUAUGAUCUUGGCAAAGUUCUAGGUUUUGGUAACAAUUACAGCAAAUCUCUUUGGCACUUUAAUGUGGGUGGUUUUUUUUAAUUUCCUGGUGUAGAUGUGCCCAUCUCAUGUUUUUUUGCACUUUGUAAUUGUACUUUCAGAAUUACUGAAGUUUCACUAUAGAUAUACGGGAAAGUAAACUUGCAAGUGAAGUUUUGACAAAGCAGUUCUACUUGAGCUCUUGCUGCCUGAGAUUGUUUUCAUCACUUGUGGUAAGGUUAUAAAUAGUAAGCCAGUUUACUAAUACUUUUGGUUGCUACUUGCAUUUGAAUAAUGUAGGAGAAAAGUGUUUUGUGACAGCCAGGCAGCUUGAUUUUUGGGUCAGAGAGGGGGAGGUUUUUGGCAUAUGGAGGAAUAUUUGGUGACUGCUAGCAAAUUGCUAAGCAAGUACCUUCUGCUUUAAAAAUAAAAUCCCAGGACUGUCAGGUGAAGUCUGGGCUGUCAGUGUAGGAGCAAACUGCUAGCUUUUGGCCUGUCAUUCCACUGUAAACUUCGUUUCCUCAUGCAAUGGUAAGAGAAUUGACAAACUUGUCCCUACCUCUAUAUACUUAAAACUUCCUUUUUUUUUUUUUUUUCCCCAUGAUUAGCAUGUAAAACUCAACUAUGCAUUCCUUCUUAUGGAAAGUACUGUAGCACAGGAUUUAGGGUAAACUUGGGACUAUAACUUCUCUGACCGUACUAAAACUUCAGUGAGGAUAUAUUUCUGAAGAUGCUGUAUUUGACUUGAGUCCCAGGGUGAGUAAAAACACUUAGUAAAAGAUUGACUGAAGUUGGCAAAAGCAUGCUGAUUUUCAAGGAUAGGGAUUUCAGAGGGUUUUGAUGAUGAUGAAUGCUUCUCAGAUACCUUGAAAAAGGUUUUUACAACCAAUCUGAGUGAUAACAUAUUUUAGGGAUGGAAAUGUUUAGGAAAGAAUGUUAGGAAUAUGGGACUUUCUUAAAAUACUUCUGAAUGCAAAAUAAAUUAGAUCUUGAAAUACGGAGAAAACCUGCCCAAUACAUUAUCUGUUACAGAUUUUUGAGCUAAAACCUGUUUGUGUAAUGGCAUGGCUGAAUGCAGGGCAUCUGUGGCAUUACUAUUGUGAGUUGGUAAUGUUUUGGGUCAGAUGAGGGAAGUUAUUCCUCUAGAGCCACCUUCUGUGUUCUCAUAACUGUAGCUGGUAUAUAAUCUGAAGGUCAAGUUUCAUAAUAAAAAUGGUGCUAGAUUGCACAUAAUUAUGUAAGGUGAAACGUAAGCCAUAGAAUGCAGUCUAUGACUUCAUUUCUGUGCCACGCCAGACAAUGUUUUCUGGCUUAGUUUUUGAAGGAAUUGAAAUAAAAAUGAGGAUUUUUGUGUGCAAUGCUGACAGGAAACUAAGUGGAAGGGCCAGUUCAGAAGCUGCCACCCUUGUGAUCACAUUAGAAACAAAUCAUUGAAACAAGAUAACUAAUACUAUUUGAACUAUUAUAGUUAGUAAUAUGUAAUUCUAUUGCAAGUUAUACUGAAGGAAGAAAAAUGCAUUGACUUUUUUCUAUAUUUAAAGCAUUCAGCUUGGUCUCAUAUGGUUAAAAUAUAAAGCUGCUAUAACCAUGACAGUAAUUUUGUUUAGGACGCAUUUGUAAAAGGGAAUUUUUGUAUUCACUCUGAACCUUAUAUGACUAGAAUUUGGUUUACAGUCCUUUCAGAAACAGUCAGCUUUUUAACACUAGUGUCCUUAAUGAUUUUUUAAGAAAAGGAUUAAUCUUAAAUUCGUGUUUAUACUGUUGUAAAUAAAUAUGGUUUACAGUCCUCUUGGACAAUUUGUUUUUCACUCAUGUCCUUAAUUCUUUUUCUCAAAGGGAUCCAUGUUAACUGUUUGCAUAGUAUGUCAGCAAACUUUUUUUUUUUUUUUUUAUUAAAAAAUGACAGAAUGAAGAAUUCCAAAGUUGGUCAGGUUGGGGGUUGAGGUAAGAAAAGUAUGGAGCUGCAAUGUUAAAUUUGAUAUCAAACAUCUGCAAAUCUGUUAAGCUUUGAGUUAUUCACAACCUGUAAAUAAGGGCCCUCAUGUCAUUAGACUUGUGUGGAAGCAGUGUUUAAAUAUGUAAUUUUGUCUUCAGCACAAAGCAUGUUUUAAUGGUUCUGCCAUAAGGGUAAUGUGGUCAGUAAUGCAGGAUUCAGUAUGCUUCCUGGCUUUCAGUGGUAACGUGCUGCCCACAACAUUGAUGUCAAAAGUACUGAAUACUUUGUCUAUGUAUUUUCACUUUACCAAAUUGUAAAGUUGGAUCAUUUUCUAUGUGUUGAUGGGGAGGGCAAGACAUAAUCCCAGAAACCUAAUAAACUGGCUUUGCCACAAA